ACGUGUUUCCUGUUAGUGUGCGUGCUGUGUUCGUGUGUGUUUGGAUGGUUUCUGCUCGGUUGUUGGAUUAACGGCUAAACUCCGCAGCAGACAUGGCGAGGAACGCCGAGAAGGCCAUGACGGCCCUGGCUCGGUUCAGGCAGGCUCAGCUGGAGGAAGGAAAAGUCAAGGAAAGAAGACCCUUUCUGGCCUCAGAGUGCAGUGAACUUCCUAAAGCUGAAAAAUGGAGACGACAGAUUAUCAGUGAAAUCUCAAAGAAAGUCGCACAGAUCCAGAACGCUGGUCUGGGUGAGUUCAGGAUUCGGGAUCUGAACGAUGAGAUCAACAAGCUGCUGAGAGAGAAAGGUCACUGGGAGGUCCGCAUCAAAGAGCUCGGAGGACCCGACUAUGCACGCAUUGGGCCAAGGAUGUUGGACCACGAGGGAAAGGAGGUGCCUGGAAACCGCGGCUAUAAAUACUUUGGAGCUGCCAGAGACCUGCCGGGAGUCCGGGAGCUGUUCGAGAAGGAGCCUGCCCCAGCGCCGAGGAAGACAAGGGGGGAGCUGAUGAAGGAUGUGGAUGCAGAGUAUUACGGCUACAGAGACGAAGACGACGGCGUCCUUCUUCCUCUGGAGGCGCAGUACGAGAAACAAGCUGUGCUGGAGGCGGUCCACAGGUGGAAAACAGAGAGAGAGUCUCGAGUGUCUGGAGAGAAACAGCAGGAGGAGGAAGAGGAGGAGAGCAUCUACACCGUCUACAACGAAGAGCCUGAUGACCAGGAGGAGCAGGAGGAGCAGGAGGGAGAGGAUGGAGGACUCGCCUUCAUCGCACACGUACCUGUUCCAUCUCAGAAAGAGGUGGAGGAGGCUUUGGUCAGGAGGAAGAAGAUGGAGUUGCUGCAGCGUUACGCCAGCGAGACUCUUCAGGCUCAGAGUCAGGAGGCCCGAGCUCUACUGGGGCUCUGACCCAUCUGUCUGCUGCUGUAAAUACAGGCGUGUUUUUUACCUUUUCUUAAUAAAAACUUUCUGCUCUUCA